GAAAGCAACUACUACUGACCAAUCAGAGGCAGAGAAGGGCGGGUCCUGACCUCGUCUUCCUGGUGAAAAAUUGUCCAACCACAAUAACAUACCAAGAAAACGUAAAUAGAAUUUUUUUUCUUUCAUCUUGUCCUCGUUUAUCCGUUAAGUGCCAGAGCUCGAGAGUAUACUCCUACUUGAUACCACUGAGAGGCGCUAUGGAGGAGACAAGUCGGGAGGCGGUUGCCACAGCAGUGCAGCGUGUGGCGGGGAUGCUGCAGCGGUCGGACCAGCUUGACAAAGUGGAGCAGUACAGAAGAAGAGAGGCUCGCAAAAAGGCCUCUGUGGAAGCUAGGCUGAAGGCAGCCAUCCAGUCCCAGCUAGAUGGCGUGCGCACUGGACUGACCCAGCUACACAGCGCCCUGCUGGAUGUGAAGGACAUCCAGAGCUCACUGGGUGAUGUUAGUAAAGACUGGAGGCAGAGUAUCAACACUAUAGAGAACCUGAAGGAUGUCAAGGAUGCUGUUGUUCAACACAGUCAGCUGGCCUCUGCUGUGGAAAACCUUAAAAACAUUUUCUCUGUGCCAGAGAUUGUGGCAGACACGCAGCAGCUCAUUGAGCAGGCAGAGCUGCUGCAGGCCCAUAGGAAGCUGAUGGAGCUGGAGUGUUCACGGGAUGACCUCAUGUAUGAGCAGUAUCGUAUGGACAGCAAGAACACAAGUGACAUGAGCCUCAUCUCCAUCUACUUUGAAGAUGUUCAGGGGUUGUCAGAUGAGCUGGCCAAACAGUUAUGGAUGGUAUUGCAGAGGUCCAUGGUAACGGUUCGUCGUGACCCUACUAUGCUGGUGUCAGUGGUUCGUAUCAUUGAGCGUGAGGAGAAGAUUGACCGGCGUAUGGUUGAUCGUAAGAAGCAGACCGGGUUCAUCCCACCUGGGCGACCCAAACGGUGGAAGGACAAGAUGUUUCAGGUGUUGGAGGCCACAGUCAGCACCCGCAUUGAAGGGACCCAGUCAGUGACAAGGGAGGCUGAUAAAAUGUGGCUGGUUCGCCUUCUAGAAAUCACCAGGAAGUAUGUUCUUGAUGACCUCAUUGUUGUCAAGAACCUCAUGGCGCAGUGCUUCCCCCCACACUACAACACUUUUAACAGGUUUUUCGGUCUCUACCACAAUGCUGUGUCCACUCGUGUCAAAGAACUUGCCUCUGAGGACUUGGAGGCAAAUGAGAUUGUGUCGCUUCUAACAUGGGUCCUCAACACAUAUAAGAGUGUGGAGAUGAUGGGCCAUCCAGAGCUUCAUUCAGAGUGUGACAUUAACCAAUUAGAGCCUCUGCUGCCUCAAGAUGUGGUGGAUGACCUGCUCAGCAAAUAUGUCAAGACCUUCACAUCUAAUAUAACAGGCUGGCUGCGGAAGGCCCUGGAAACAGACAAGAAGGACUGGCAGAAAGAAACGGAGCCUGAGGCUGACCAAGAUGGAUACUACCAGACCACACUGCCCGCUAUCGUCUUUCAGAUGUUUGAGCAGAACCUCCAGGUUGCUGCGCAGAUUGAUGGAGACUUCAAAGAGCAAGUUCUGAAGCUCUGCCUGAAACAGAUGAACACUUUCCUUAUCAGGUACAGAGAGGAGGCGGUGGUCUACAAAGAGGAGCACCUGAGAGACAGACAGCUUCCUCAGUGUUAUGUUCAGUACAUGAUAGCUAUCAUUAACAACUGCCAGACCUUCAAAGAGUCCAUCAGCAGUCUGAAGAGAAAGUACUCUCAGUCCUCAGAGCCCACUGACAGUGAUGCUGCCAUAGAGAGGACACUCAAUGAGGUGGCCAAGGAGGGAUGUCAGUUUCUGUUGGACGAAGUCUUCCUAGACCUCGAAAAUCACUUGAACGAGCUGCUGACCAGGAAGUGGCUGACAGGCUCCCAUGCUGUGGAUACCAUCUGUGUGACCGUGGAGGAUUACUUCAAUGACUUCAACAAGAUCAAGAAACCCUUCAAUCAGGAGAUGACGAGCGAGGCCCUGCGCAGGGUGGUGGUGGAGUACAUCAAGGCAGUAAUGCAGAAGAGAAUCACCUUCAAGAAUGCUGAUGAGAGGCGAGAGGGAGCAGAGAGGAUGAUCAAAGAGGCUGAUCAGUUCAAGUUCCUCUUCAGGAAACUGGCUGCUGGUGAAGACACAGAUCGGCUCUGUGGUGCCAUUGCCGCCAUUGCUGAGGUGUUCAAGCUGACCGACCCCGCACUGCUGUUUCUGGAGGUCACCACACUGGUAUCCAAAUACCCUGACAUCAGGGAGGAGCACAUCCAGGCGUUGCUGGCAGUGCGUGGUGAUGCCAGCAGAGAAAUGCGCCAAAUGAUCAUUGGGACUCUUAGCGAAAACAAAGUGUCGUACUCUGGUGUGAAACAGCCCAUUUUCAAAGAUAUCACUGUGCCCACCAUCACCAUGACUACCAUGACCUCCAUGGCAACUGCAAAGCUGCUCAAAUAAAUCCAAUUGCCAUGACACAGUUUCCUCCAUGAGCACCUUAACAUAAGCAAACUUAUUUUUCCAAUCACUCAGUUAUUUGAAAUGUUCUAUGCAGCUUGCUGUGUUUUACUGUCUUCACUUAGAUUUGCUGUUUUAUUGUCAUCCUGAUUGUGUCUGCUUCAAGAAAAUAAUAAAAUGACAGUUGUAAAAAUGGA